AUGAGCGGCGCCGCGGGCUCGGAGCGGCCGGAGGAGCGGCCGGAGGAGCGGCAGCGCGUGGUGCCCCCGGCAAGUCCCGUCCCGAGCGUGUCCGGCCGGAGCCCCCCCAGCCGAGACCCGCGGCGCCCCCGCCUCAGGGCCCCUCAGAUUCCAGCUCUGGGGCAGGGAGGUGUCCUGCAGGAGCUGGUGCUUGCAGAGGGGCAGCCCCCUGAGCCUGGGAUCGGCGAGGAGCAGCGCCAGGCCCAGGAGGAGUGGGAGGCUCUGGAAGAGAUCCAGUCAGGGCCGGGGGGCACCUUGGGCGCGGCCCCCCCUCCGAUUUCCUUCUCGGAGGCGCUGCAGCACUUCCAGAGCGCGGAGCUGCCCUCCAGCCGGGGCACGGCCCGGGCUCCGGGGCGCCGCGGCAUCCUGGCUGCCCUGCUGCGCUGCCUCCGCGGGCCGCCCCGGCUCCGCCCGCAGCUCCGCGGGGAGCAGGAGCUGGCGCUGGCCAUGGCACAGUGUGCCCUGGAUGACUCGGAGCGGGUGCACAUGCGGAUCCUGCAGACCAUCUACCGGCAGCUGACGCGCUCCAGGCUGGGCUGCCCGCGCUAUGGGGCACACUGGGAGGAGCUGGGCUUCCAGGGUGCAGAUCCUGGGACUGACCUGCGUGGGACAGGAAUGCUGGGGCUGAUGCAGAUCCUGUUCUUUGUCCUGGACUCCCGGACGCUGCCGCUGGCACGGGAGAUCUUCCAGCUCUCCCAGCAUGAAACCCAGAAUUUUCCCUUCUGCAUCAUGUCUGUGAACAUCACCCGGAUCGUCAUCCAGGCGCUGCAGGAGGAGCGGCUCUCCCGGGAGUGCAACCGGCGGCAGCAGGUGAUCGGGGUGCUCAACGACCUCUACGCCGCCGCCUUCCUGCGCCUCUCGCGCCUCUGGGAGCAGCAGCACGGCACCGUGGCCAACGCCGGCUCCUUCCUCAAGGAGCUGGAAUUAUCCACCAAAAAGAAGCCGAGGCAGCUGCUGAAAUCCCUGGAAGCCUACCUGAGCCGUGGCCUUCGGCCUCCCUCCCCUCCCUCCUCCCAGAUCCACUUCACCAGCAUUUGUGACCCUGGGGUGGAGCUGGAGGGAGAUUCCUGACUGCUCUGACACGGAGUGGGACCUGCACAGGGAAUUCUGCUGGUGGAUCAGCCCUUGGAGGGACACACACCGGUGUUCCCCUGGCUUGGGGGCUCGGGAAGGGCCAGGAGAGGUCACAGAGCUGGGAUUUUGCCUGCUCCAGGUGGAACUUUCUGGAUCAAAGGAGGAGGAGGUGGUAGAGCAGGGGAUUCUGUGAGCUGGCACUGGGAUAGUCCCUGUCCCCACCCCAGAUCCAGGGUCCCACCUGGGUCCCAGCCCCAGCAGUGCCUGGAAUGGGUAACCCCCACUUUGGGGGGCUGUGUCAGACCCCCAGGGUCACUGUGGGCUGUCAGCACCCAAAAAGGUUGUUAAAGGGGGGAGACAAGGGAUCUGGUGGGAAAGAGUUUAGGAUUUGCCACUGGACUCUGUGUCUGGAGGAAAGAAAGGAGAACUGGGGGUGCCCAGAGUCCACUUUGGGGUGAAAAAGGUGUUCAGGAGGAGAGAAACAAGGGUUGAGAGCUCCAAGGAGGAGGGGACGGGUUAUUCCCUCUGGGAGCUCAGGGCCAGUGCUUGGGAAUGUCCCCAGGCCCCUAAAAAUGGGGAAAAGCAGCCCCCAAAGCCCAAAUCUGGAGAGAAAUGAGGGGUUUGGAGAAGUGGGAGCUGGGGGAGAAUGGAACUUGGUGGCCCCAGCGCCCCUGAGAGGGCAAUGAUUCCUGGAGGCUGGGAAUGAUUCUGGAUGGAAAAAAAAAUAAAAUAAAUAGAGAAAAAGCAGCCUGGAGUUGGGGUUUGCUGUCCUGAU